ACACAGGAACCAGACGUCAAAAGUUGAAUCUAUAUUUACGAAGGUCUUACAGUAAGAAAACAGCUCUAUGGAUGCUAAAUCAUCUCAUUUCUAUCGGCAGCUUCCUAAAACAGUUGAGGCCGAUAUUGUAUACGGUAAAGAGUCGAAAUCUGAGGAAAGCAGCUCAAUGAAACAGCCAAAGAACACAUCGAUGAUUCAAAAGACAGGUAACGAACAGAAAACGAAAAAAUUUGGAAGUUUUAUGGGGAAAAUUCUACUUCUCAGUAACAAGGGCAAGCAGAGCACGAAAGAAUCAACCCCAGCAAUCAGCAACAAGAAUACGGCAAUAGCACAACAGCCCAAACUACUGACACAAAGAGUUUUGACUGAAGAACCGUACGCUGACCUUUUCAAAAAAAGGCGAAGUCGAUUAGAACAAACUGUUCAUGAACGGCAAGAAUAUCCUUUUGGAAAAGACGUAAAGAUGGCACCGUCAUCAAAUUUCGACGAGACGACCUGUCAAAAUUCUUCUGUAAAAAAUGCGGUGUUGCACAGAGCAAUUGAUAAUGAUAUCAAUGUCACAGAACCUGUCAAGUAUCUGACGACUUCCAAAUUUCAUAUCAGGAACGGUCGGAAGACUCGGUGGGAUUUCAAAAGCACCUCAGCAAAUGGUGAUAACUUCACAUCUAAGCAUGAUAUAAUCUGUGACAAAGUAUUGCAGCAACCUGCUACAACCAUGAUGCAUAAAGAUAUAGUAUCCGAGAUUCGAGAUAUUCAUUUGGACGGUGAAAUCCUCAAAAAUGACGAAGAUAACACUAAUGCUGAUGGAGAUGAGAACGAUGAUAUGAGUUCUGUUGACUCAUUGCAAUCAGAUGAUAACGUGCUAGGACCUUGGAUUGAGCUGGGGCUGAUUGAAAAUCCUGACACUGAUAAUAAUGGAUGUUUAAAUGAUAACGUCUUUGCAAAUGAUAAAACUGUUGAGUGCAGAACAUGUUCAAUAAAAAGCAUAGAUAGAGAAGCAUUACAACCUAUCAAAAUUUGCCAGCACUGUCAAGGAAGCUUUGAUGAGACUUUUGCAUUACUGUCAGUUUCAAAAGAAAACUCUCAAAACUUUAAGCCCAACAAAAAGAAAAAGUUAACAGGAAAACAAUCUGUAAGAACAGAAAAAUCAACGAAGAACAAGAAAAAAUUUCCAGAAAGCGCAGUUAGAAGUAUAUCAAGCAACAACCGACACUCAGCGAAACUUAUCCCUCCGACUAAAUCGCAGCAUUCGAAAAAAACAGACACAAAAAUUAAAGCUGCUAAAAAGAAGCAGUUAUUGAUGACUACUGCUACAGAAAAUAAUGUCGAGCAAGAUUUAAAAGAAACCUCUUCUACUUUAGUUCACCAACAUGUCACUACUGGUGCAUUUUUGACACGUAAAACAGCGCAGAUAUUAGCGGAUCCGAAACACGGUUUCUAUCCUAAUCCAUAUGGCUUCUUCUACCAGCAAAAAAUGGAAGUUUUGAAUUUGAACGGGCAUUGGUAUCCUGGUAUACUGGAGCAAAUGGAUAAAGGAAAGGUUAAAAUUCGAUAUUUAGAUUGGGAUCAACAAGAAGAAUGGAUAAUUAUGGGAAGUAGACGUCUAAGAAAACUAGAUCAGCCAUCCAUUACAAACUCAGGAGCCUACCACACAAUUGACGAAAGAGAAAGAGAUAUGAAUAUACUAAAAGAUAACUCAUCCGGGUUGCUCGAAACUGUUGAAGUAGCAGCAAAAGAAGAUACACUACUCAGCUCUCUUAUCACAACGACCAAGGUUGCUGACAAUACUGACUACGUCAAUGAUACCAUGGAUAAAGACCCUAAGCAAAUAUUCAACAAUAAUGAGGUAUUUAUGACACGUAGACUUGCCCGUAUGAUGUGUGAUGAAUAUGGUUUCCGGCCAAAUUCUUUUGGUUAUCGUCGAAACCGUGCGGUAGUAGUUACUUGUCCGUUGAAAGGAAAGGGAAAAGGAAAAAAAAAUCACACCGAGGUGCGAUUAGGUUUCCUUCGAGAAAUGGAAGGAGAACAAGUUAGAGUAUGGUAUGCUGAUUUACAUCAUUCUGAAUGGAUGGUUUCUGGCAGUCGACGACUGAAAGUUUUAACUGAAGACGAAGAAGCUCGUCUGGUACAAUCUGGACGUAUUUUACAAAAUAUUGAUGAGGCGGAAGCUCAGGCGUCUGGUAUGAUCACAUCACAAAAUGAUGAGCAGUCUAAGCACCAAACACGAAGUGCUGACGAACAUAAAUCUAUUUUAACAAAACCGUUAACCAAGCGAUCUGGCAAAAGUAAUAUCAAGAGAGAACCGCAAGUUCCAAAAAGUACGAAAAAGACAGCAUUAGCAAUGACAAAGUCUGGAAGCCCAGCUAUUUCGGACACAACGGUUAGUACCGAGUCUAGCAGCAGCUUGACACCUACUACUCCUACUGAUCUUGUUGAGACCAGACCUUCAAAAAAGACCGAGUCGAAAAAGGAGGAAAAAUAUAUUACAACUGGUGCGUUUGCUACUAGAACGGCAAUGCGUCAACUCCAAGAUGAAAAUGGAUUUAUUCCUAAUCCGUAUGGCUACGUGAAUAAUAUGUUGGUAGAGGUUCUGAAUACUAGGUCAGGCAAAACCAAAUUUUGGGAAAGAGCACGUUUAACCGCAAUGCGACCUGGUCAAGUUAAGGUGCAUUAUGAAGGCUGGGCAGAUAUUUAUGAUGAAUGGCUAAUGCUAGGUAGCCGCAGAAUUCGCGCUGUUACCACUAUUGCUACCAUUACUGAAGACAACAAUCAUCCCGUCAAGGAUACCACUACUUCCGCUGCUUUAGCUCUUCCAGAUGAGUCUACAUACGCAUCGGAUUUCAACUGCGGACAAACAAAUAUGGCUCCUAGCCAGAAAAGAAAAAUCAGCAAUGACCUUUUAAUAACUGAAGAGAAUCCCGAACUUCAAGAUGAGCUUAAAAGGAAGGUUAAGCACAAAGUAGUACAACCUCAAGACUAUCAAAAACUGGGCCUGUUAGUCAACAUGGACGAGCUGGCAGCUAAGCAAGCAAGAAAAAGAGAGUUACUAGAAAAGAAAAAGUUGCAAAAUGGCAGCAAAAAUAAACGUCAAAGAGCCGAUAAGUCAGGAAGGGCCAUAAGCAACCGCACAACAGACGAUGGUGAGCAAAGCAAUAGUGAAUAUGACGAUGAUAACAAUGGCAAUAGUACUCUUGAUAGGCGUAACUUUCCUAAACCUUCUGGAAAGUCGAGGACAAGGAAAGCUGUUCCCAUGCACGCGCAAUCAGAAGUCAAGCAGUAUACUGUUACUGCAACCACGACAGAAGCAGAUAUUGCUCACUCAGGAAAAGAAGACAAUGACAAGAAUAUCAUCUCUUUACGGCUGCUUCAAGCCAAAGCUCUAGAGAAUAACAAAUUUGUAGCAAACAUCUAUGGGUAUGACUAUAUGCAACAUGUAACUGUCCUUAGCGGCGAUAAGAAAAUUUACGAAGGAAGACUUGUGAGUAUGCAUAAAAAUAAGGUGAAAGUACAUUUUUGUGGCUGGCCAGACGUGUUCGACGAAUAUAUUACAUUGGGUAGUCGAAGGAUUCAACACAUCACCAACGAUCAUGAAGUCCAAUGUAUCGAACCGAAUUAUCGUGAAACGCACGAGGCAAUGUUAUUAAAUAGAUCUUCAAAGCCUUGUUGUACCAGUAUUGACAAAAAUGCUAGAGCAUUUGAAGACCGCAGAAUGUAUAUUAACCGCCAUACAAGGAAGCGGCUUACACUCGAGGAUUUGGAUGCCAAUGAACAAGAGCAAAACGAGGCCAAUAUAGAGUAUCAUAAAGAAACAAUUGAAGAAGAUGAAGAAGUGGUCGAAAUUGAUUCAUGGAAGGUCUACUGUAACCAAUGUAAUGUGGUCAUUAAGCAAUUUCGCUAUUAUUGUACCUAUUGCGAAACGCCUUCAGCAGGCUAUGACUAUCAGAGCUUCGAGCUUUGCCUUCAAUGCUUUGAUCAGAACUUUCCUGUAUGGCAUGAACACCCUCGAAGUAGCUUUGCAGUUCAGUCAGUCAUUAAUGCCGACGUAGGUCCUCGACCGAUCAAAGGGGAGCUUGUUACAAUCUGGGAAGAAGAUAUUCUUGAGAAAAAUAAUGAAAGCAACACAACAGCCAACGAAACUAUUAGGAGCAAUAAUAAUAGCACAGAUGUAGCAAGCAAACCGGUCGAAAAUACUAAUAUGCAAGUCGAUGUAGAAGAAAAAGCGCUGGAUGCGAGUAAGAUCUUUACUGGUGAUAAAGCUUUUGCUGAGGACCAAGGUUAUCAAUAUUUGAAGAAAUGGCGGCGUAGAAAAGUAUGUGCAUUCUGUAAUGAUGAUGCCGACACUUCAGAAGAAUUAGGGCAAUUUAUUGGGCCUUUCAUCACGGCUACAUUCAAUAAAAACGGUGUUGAAAAGAAGAGAACUUUUUGGGCGCACGAUUCUUGUGCAAGGUACUCUCCAGAGGUAUUUUGUACACCUGAAGGAAAAUGGUAUAAUGUUACGCUGGCUUUGAGACGUGGAAGAGGAAUGCGUUGCUAUGCGUGCAAAGAAAAAGGGGCUACUAUUGGGUGUUUCGAGUCAAAAUGUACAAAAAGCUUUCAUCUUCCGUGCGCACAGAAGCCUAUAAGUAACUUUAAGAACGGCGUUAUUUUCUGGUGCAAAAGCCAUGAAGCAUAUUACAACAAAAAAGAUACGUAUGUCAAUAUUUUUAGCUGCGACGGCUGUAAAAAGCAGAUGGAUGAUGAGUCAUGGUUUACCUGCGUUUCUUGUGCAUCGUAUUUCUCAUCGUUUGAUCUCUGCUCGACGUGUUACGAAAAUUUCCCUAUCAACCAUUCCCAUGCUGAAGAUGAGUUUGAAGAGACUUCAUUUGCCAUUAUGAAGGAAAUGGAAGCACAAAAAGCAACCGAAGAAGCCAGAGAGAAAGAAAAGCUAAAAGCGGCCAAUACCCGAAAAAGAAAGAAAGUUUUGUUCCCUCGUCGAAAGAAGAAGCUGCCAGAUGGAUCUAUGCCGAUUUCCUGCUGUUAUUGUGGUACUUACGAAACCGACAAUUGGAGAAAAGGGUAUGAUGGAGGAGUGAUCAUGUGUGACGAGUGCUUUCAACUUGCCACUCUUAUUGAUAAUGACGGGAAAAGCAACGUGGACGAGGCCCCCGUUGUCUUCAAUUACGAUGACGGCGGUGAAUCCAUGCAGACGCAACAGAGAUACGUCACGUCGAUUGAGGAUUACUCCCAUAAGCCUUAUUUGACGCGUGAAGCAUUGUCAUCAGAGAGGUUUACUCGAACCAGUUCGAGUUUACGAUUAGCUACCUACGAGCCUCAGCCUCACCAGCUUUUUUCUUUAAAGUUUGACUCCACUUAUUUCGAUAUACCAGGAAGAGCACCCCGCUGGGCGACACAUUCAGGAACAGAUUAUCAUGGUACUUGGCUUCCACAAACUGUUCGUAGAGCAAUUUUGAAGCAUACCAUCAAAAAUGAGCGAGUGCUAUCCACAUUUUUGGGUAGAGGUACCGAUGCUAUAGAAUGCUUUCUCUUACAGCGAAAAUGUUGUGGUGUUGAUAUCAACCCGGCAGCAGUGACACUUUCUCAAAAAAAUUGCUCUUUCGAAGUGCCACCAGGGUUGACGUCUGCUGAGUAUCGACCGAUUAUCGCUCAAGCAGAUUCUCGCUGCUUGAACGGUGCUCUUUUUACGGAUGAGUCUUACCACCAUAUACUCUCACAUCCGCCGUAUAAGGAUUGCGUUGCUUACUCAACGCACUUGGAUGGUGACCUCUCCAGAUUUACAACGCUUGACGAUUUUAAAUUAGAGUAUACCAAAGUAGUCAAUGAGAGCUGGAGGUAACUGACGCUUUAACGUACUUUAUUUAUGCAGCAUGGGCUUCAUUGCUAAAAUUCCUAUUGAAGGUUACUCAAAAUGGGUCGAAGACUGACAUUGGGAAUUGGCGAUAACAGAGAGCAUUGUUUCUACAUACCGGUUAGCUUUAGUUUGAUGCGACUCUACAUUGAUCAGGGGUUCGAAUUAGAAGAACUAAUUGUAAAGCGACAACGUUAUUG